AUGUUUAAACCAGUCUGUCGGCAAGCUGUAAGGCAAUUGGCCUCUAUAAACCGCGCUGCAAUUGGAGGAAAGCGCCACUUACACGCACCUGUAUCAUUUGACUGGAAGGAUCCUCUCAACGUCGCCAACAACUAUACAGAAGAGGAACUCGCCAUUGCCGAGACCGCAGAGUCAUAUUGUCAAGAACGCAUGUUGCCGAGGGUGCUAGACGCCUAUCGGAAAGAGGAAUAUGACAGACAAAUACUCACGGAAAUGGGCGAACUAGGUCUUCUAGGAGCAACAAUUCAAGGCUACGGCUGUGCAGGCGUCAGCAGCGUUGCUUCCGGAUUGAUCACACGAGCAGUCGAGAGAGUCGACUCAGGGUACCGGUCCGGCUACUCUGUGCAAAGCGCGCUCGCCAUGGGCGGCAUCGAAGAAUUUGGAACUGAGGAGCUCAAAGAGAGGCUCCUCCCACAGAUGGCCAAAGGUAAACUCCUGGGAUGCUUCGGCUUGACGGAACCGAACCACGGUUCUGAUCCUGGAUCCAUGGAGACUGUGGCGAAACCGCAUCCGUCGAAGAAGGGGGUUUAUCUUCUUUCUGGGUCGAAGACGUGGAUCACCAAUUCUCCAAUUGCCGAUGUGCUUCUUGUAUGGGCGAAGCUGGAGAGCACGGGCAAGAUCCGCGGGUUUGUGAUCGAGCGUGACCAGUGUCCUCCUGGGACACUCGAAACCCCACCUAUCAAGAACAAGAACGGGCUUAGAGCUUCUAUCACUGGAAUGAUUCAAUUGGACGAAUGUCCGGUGAACGAAGCCAACAUGUUCCCAGAAGUAGAAGGUCUUAGGGGUCCAUUUAGCUGUUUGAACUCUGCGAGAUAUGGUAUUGCUUGGGGAACCAUCGGUGCACUGGAGGACUGUAUCUCAAGAGCAAGAGAGUACUCUUUAGAGCGGAAGCAGUUCAAGGGCAACCCGAUUGCAAAGUAUCAACUUGUGCAGAAGAAGCUGGCGGAUGCGACGACGGAUGCCGCAUACGGUAUUCUCGCAGCCUACCAGGUUGGACGAUUGAAGGAUGAGGGCAAGGCAGCACCCGAGAUGAUCUCCAUGAUUAAGCGCCAGAACUGCGACCGAGCACUUAUCAACGCGCGAGCGCUGCAGGAAGUGUUUGGUGGCAACGCUGUGAGCGAUGAGUAUGGUAUUGGCAGACACGUGGCGAAUCUGUUCGUGACCCAGACGUACGAAGGACAGAGUGACAUCCACUCCUUAAUCCUGGGCAGAGCAAUCACUGGCAUCCAAGCAUUCUGCUAA